AUGGCCGAAAUGAUAAGUGGGGUACCUCUGUUCCGAGGUCGGGACAACAACGAUCAGCUAACUCAAAUUCUGAGGGUGCUUGGCACACCCGAUGAAGUUACUUUGAGACGGAUUCAAACCGAAUCGAUCUUAACUGAUUUCGUAUCCGCGCAUUUCAUCGCCUCUGGAAGCCUGAGAUUCAGCUCCGACCGUUCCCUAGAGUGGCUAGAAUUUCUUUCCAAUCACUUUACCCUAAAGCUCAUCCAUUAG